ACACUAACUCACGCGAAAAAAGAUGUAAGUAUUAGUUCGGCACACUAAUUGAAAAUGCAUAUGUAGUUGUGUUGUACUAUAUCGUCAAAAGUAUCGAAUCGGAAAACGUUUACAGGACGCCAUUUUACAGAUGCCAUUGAAGUGACAAGGUUUGUUCGGUAAAAAUUAUUUAAGAGCCAGUGAACACAAGAAUUUUGAUAAUUUUUCCUCGGAAAAAUAUCGAAUUGAAAACGUGUACAAGUAUCAUUUUACGGAAGCCAGUGAACUGAAAAGGUUUGUUCGUUGAAAAUUAUCCGGACGCAGUAAAAAAAAUAAGAAUAUUGAUUUUUCGUGCUCGAGUUUUCAAAUCAAAGCUAAAAUGGCAGGAAGAUACGUACGAGCCCCAUCUACAGAUGAUGACGUCAGAGAGACUGAGCAAGAAUUUCCCGGAAAAUAUGUCCGCGCACCGACAACAUUGGAAUGGGAAGGCCAACAUCAAAACGAUUACGCUCAUUAUUACGAUGAAGCUAUACCUAGCGAUAGCACGGCGUUAGAGGAAAAGAUUCGGGAGCUAGAAGAAGUUAUUCGGCAGAUGAGACAGUCAAAUAGCUGCACAGAAAACGCCCAACUAUCCACCAACACAACCGUUAAUGACCGCCCAUCAUCCAGCGAAGGUAGCAUCAAGUGUGAUGUUAAACCUUUCCCAAAAAACGUACCAGCGUGCAAGAUGUGGGAAGCCUGGACAAAAUUUAUUGAGGAUUUCGAGUUGUCUGUCACGCUUCUUAACGCCCGUGACCCCAAGCGAAAAAUCGAUUUGCUCAUGUUGUACAUGGGGGAUGAGCUUAAAGGAAUAGUGCGAGCUGCCAAACUUAAACCUACUUCAGAGAACGAUACAAGCUACGAAACUUUAAUUAGAAACAUCGAUCAAUACCUUAAGUCGAUGACCGAUCCGGCGGCGGAACACGAGUCGUUUUCUUGCAUGCAGCAGGAAGAAGGAGAAUCUGCCAUUGGCUUUCACGCAAGGUUGUCGGAGAAAGUCAGGCUAUGUGGUUACAGUGAAUCAGACCAGGACAUAUUCGUUCGAGCUCAGCUUAUGCGCGGCCUUCGCAACCAGGACGUGAAACAACAGGCACGCAUUUAUGGCUUGAAGACCAACGAGAUAGUAGUAUCAGCCACCCGGGCAGAAGCAUUUCAAAAUGAACUCGCCACUCGAUCUGGUCAGAGCAGUGUUAUGGCAGUACGCAGUUCCUUAAAUAGUAUACCACCAAACAAACGCAGAGCAGAGUCAUCACGAUCAUUCGAGCCACGUCCCAAAAGGUAUAGAUACUCAGACUCACGCAACAUUAACAGGAGCCGGAGCCAGUCGGAAAAUUCUUCAGUGAGUCGAAAAUACAGAUGUACAAGGUGUCUAGAAGAUCGAUCUACUCACACGAAUGGUGUUUGUCCAGCGUUAGAUAAAGAUUGUUAUAAUUGCUCCAGAAUAGGACACAUUGCUAAAGCGUGUCGGUUUAACAGAGUUAACGAACUAAGCCAGAAUCGCCCCUCAAGGAGUACUAAAAAAGAGAUCGAAGAAGAGGAAAAGUUUCUCAUCGACUCCGGUGCAGACGUGAAUGUGAUUGGAGGCACUGAUUGGGAUAAACUUGAAAAGGAAAUAAGUACUGGUCACACCCACGUAGUUUAUGAAACUUGUCCAAACAAUCGGAAUCUACAAGCUUACGCGUCUAAUAAACCCAUGAAUAUACAUCGCACCCUUAAGGCAACCAUUGAGGUGGUAGGAUAUCGGAGACCAGUGGUUACAGCUGAGUUUCUUGUGAUAAAGGAGGGUAAACAAUCUCUGCUUGGACGAUGUACAGCGAGCGACAUGGGACUACUGAGAGUAGGACUUGAAAUCAAUGGGUUGAAUGAGGUGGAAAUAUUUCCAAAAAUGCCUGGAGUACGCGUCAAUUUUAGUAUUGACAGAUCCGUUCCACCAGUACGGAACGCUUACUGUAAUAUUCCGGCGGCCUAUCGCGAAGCAGCUCGUCUGCGACUCGAACAAAUGGAAGCCAGUGGCAUAAUAGAGAAAGUAACGCAUGCACCUCAGUGGAUAAGCGGAAUGUCCGCGGUGCCAAAAGGGAAAGAUGACUUCCGCUUGGUGGUCAAUAUGCGUGCCCCAAAUAAGGCGAUAAAACGGGAGUACUUCCGGUUGCCCCUUGUCGACGAGAUGAGAGUGAAGCUUCAUGGUGCUAGGUACUUCACAAAACUCGAUCUGUCCAACGCAUAUUACCACUUGGAGUUAGGCCUUGAGUCACGCGACCUCACAACUUUCCUCACCGACAACGGCAUGUACCGGUUCACCAGACUUAUGUUUGGAGUGAACUGCGCACCGGAGGUGUUCCAACGGGAAAUGUGUCGGAUACUAGAGAGCAUUGAGAACAAAGUAGUUUACAUAGACGAUGUACUAAUUUACUCUGAUACGUUGGUCAAGUUGCGGAAAACAGUAAACCAAGUGCUAAAGAUUUUUGAACUGAACAAUUUAACACUUAAUAGGUCUAAGUGUGAAUUCGAUAAAACUCACAUCACAUUUUUAGGCCAUUGCUUGGAUGAGAAUGGAUUCAACAUAGAAGCAUCUAAAAUAAAAGACAUAGAGAAGUUUUCAAAUCCCGCUAACUCAUCGGAAUUAAGAAGUUUCCUAGGACUUGCGUCAUUCAUAAGUCCCCAUAUAAGGAACUUCGCUAACUUGACCGCCCCUCUUUGGACCGCAGUCGCUAAUGAAUCGUGGAUUUGGGGAGAAGAGCAACGAAGAGCCUUCGAGCAAGUCAAAUAUCAAAUCAUACAAUGCACUACGUCUCUGGGAUUUUUUUCCGAAUCGGACAAAACUAUUUUAUAUACGGACGCUUCUCCUCAUGCGUUAGGAGCUGUACUAGUGCAAGAAAAUUGCGACGGGAUCCCACGCAUCAUAAGCUUUGCCUCAAAGUCGUUAACCGAUACCGAAAAGAGGUACCCCCAGAACCAAAGAGAGGCUCUAGGGGCAGUGUGGGCGGUUGAACGAUUCUCGUACUUUCUUAUUGGUCGGCCAUUUACUCUACGUACAGAUGCCCAAGGGAUGGCAUUUAUUAUUAGCAGACCUCGUGAGGAAUCGAAACGUGCUUUGACAAGGGCUGACGGUUGGUCGUUACGCCUGAGCCCUUACGUAUUCGAAGUGGAGUACAUUAAAGGGCGUGACAACAUAGCCGACCCCUCCUCUCGAUUGUAUCACGGUGAAGAUGAACCUUUCAACGAGGAAGUAAGUCCAUGGGAGAUUUGCCAAUUGCAAACUAAGUUUUAUGAGUAUCUAACGAAGGACGAAAUAAAAGAUUGUACAAAGAAUGACGAAAUCCUUCAACAAGUUUUACGUGCACUAAGUUCUGGUAAAUGGGCCCCAAAUAUCUUAAGAUUUAAAACAGUGGCCAGGGAUUUAGAGCUUGUUGAGGAUAUUUUGUUGAAAAAUGGCUGCGCGGUCAUACCAGUUAAUCUGCGGGAAAAAGUGUUAAAAAUUGCUCAUUCAGGACACCCAUUGGAAGCAAAGUUUAAGAGCAUCCUCCGCAAAAGGGUUUGGUGGCCAGGUAUGGGGAAAGACGCAGACGAGUGGGUAAAAUCUUGCGCCGUUUGUGCAGUAAACGGUAAGCCAGAGAGGCCUACCCCAAUGCAGCGUACAUUUGCCCCUAAAAGUGUAUGGGACACGAUAGCUGUUGAUUUCAACGGACCGUACCACAAACUAGGAGGAAUUUUAAUCCUAGUUGUAAUAGAUUUCCGGUCGCGAUACGCCAUAGCAUCUCCUGUAAAAUCAACGCGCUUCGAGCACACGAAAACGGUAUUCGAUGACAUAUUUCGAAGAGAGGGGUUCCCAAGAGCUAUAAAAAGCGAUAAUGGACCGCCUUUCAAUGGAGAUGAGUAUAAAGAGUAUUGUGGCACACGCGGUAUUCAAACAAUUUUCUCAACGCCAUUCUAUCCCCAACAAAACGGCCUUGUUGAAUCCUUUAUGAAGGUCGUUAAUAAAGCGAUAUCUACAGCGUUACACUCGAACACAGAUUAUCGACAGGAACUUCAAGCAGCGGUGGAUGCAUAUAACGCGGCUGAUCACUCGACUACAAAAAUAUCUCCUGAGGAGGUGCACAUGGGACGUAAAAUACAACGAGGGCUGCCUGUCCUCAGCAACAAUCGAUCAUGGGGCAACACUGAUAACAUUAUCCUGGACAAUCGAGAUCGUGAAUAUAAAAUCAGAUCCAAAGAACGUGAAGACGCGCGACGUGGGGCGAUUGCAUGUAAAGUUCAAGUAGGUGACACGGUAAUAGUAGAGCGAGCAUCCAAAGGCAAAGGGCAAACUAAAUUUCACCCGAAGCGUUUCACCGUCGAAUCCGAAAAUAAUGGUAGCUUGGUCCUUUCCGAUGCCGAUGGACAAAAGUUAAAACGUCACGUUACGCAAACUAAAAAAGUUUUUCCUUGGCGAGAUAGUGAGCACACAAUUGAUAACUCGGAGAGCCAAAACCCCAAUGAAACUGACGAGGGGUUGAUCCGUCCAGCUAGAGAAAAGCGAGUCCCAACGUAUCUUUCCGAAUAUGUUCAUUAA